AUGUUAUCGACAGGUGGAUCAUAUUCAUUUCGUGUAAUGACAUACAAUAUUCGAUAUGAUACAGUAAAAGAUGGAAAGAAUCAAUGGUCUCUUCGCAAAAAUUAUUUAAUUAAUCUCAUUCGCAAUCGUAUGCCAGAUCUAUUCGGUGUUCAAGAAGCUUUGCCUAAUCAAAUAUUCGACUUACAGCAUGCAUUAUCCGCCUAUCGUUACUACGGUGUUGGUAAAAAUGAUGGCAAAAGUAAAGGUGAAUUUUCUGCGAUAUUUUAUCGCUUCGAUCGAUUUGACCUUCUUGACAGUGGAACAUUUUGGCUUUCGAAAACACCAAAAAUACCAGGCAGUAAAGGAUGGGAUGCAGCUGGUACACGUACAUGUACAUGGGUCAAAUUACGUGAUCGAUACAGCCUUCAGAUAUUUUACCAUUUUAAUACACAUUUUGAUAGUACAGGUAGAACUUCUCGACUUGAAAGUGCUCGUCUCAUUUUAAGUCAAACAAGAGCCAUAGUUGGAUCUUCAACACCAAUCAUGCUGACGGGUGAUUUUAAUGCGUCUCCACAUUCAGACAGUUAUCGUACUUUCAUCACCAAUACAAUUUUUAAAGAUAGUAAAAAUGUUUCGGAAAAAUCUCAUUGUGGUCCAGAUAGUACUUUUUCUACGUUUAUCGUUGGCAAUCCAAUGGGGAAACAAAUCGAUCAUAUAUUUGUAACAUCACAAGAUUUUAAAGUAUUACAGCAUGGAACUUUAACAGAUUCAAAUAACGGAUAUUAUCCAUCAGAUCAUCUACCUGUUCUAGCUGAAAUUAUGUUCAAAAAGAUCGUUUCUGGUUGA